UUGUUACUUUAAUUUUCAGGAGUACAUCGAAUUUAAGAGACAGUGUUUAGAGAUGACGGUCGAGAAACUUCUGGAGCAGUUUGUCCUGAGCAAGUAUACUGGGCUGGAAAAGCCAGGGUGUGUAGAGUUCGAGGAGGUGUCAGUGGGCGGUGCUGUAUCUGAGGAGACGAAGCCGACACCCGCACCAGGGAUCAAGCGUGAAGGUAAUGCCAGUCAGUGGUCAGGAGCUAAACAAUCCCGCCGGACUACCUCCCUUCUCAAUCUCUUCAUGCCUAACUCCCAGGGUAUGUCUUCGUCAUCCCACAUUUGUAUUGUUUCUUUUACUUCCUCAUCUAUUGUUUCUGUCUCUUUGUUUUUUUUUUGUCAUUCAUUUUUCGUACAGUCUCGUGUGAGUGAGGUAGAGCAUGGUGUGUACUGUGUAGGGUGUGUAGAGUUCGAGGAGGUGUCAGUGGGCGGUGCUGUAUCUGAGGAGACGAAGCCGACACCCGCACCAGGGAUCAAGCGUGAAGGUAAUGCCAGUCAGUGGUCAGGAGCUAAACAAUCCCGCCGGACUACCUCCCUUCUCAAUCUCUUCAUGCCUAACUCCCAGGGUUAUUGUAUCCCAAUGUUCAAAGCAGCACGGACUGGACUGUGGUUAGUGAUGUCCACAGGCCACUCCGUGCUCCUUUAUGGGGCAGAGGUGUGGGCAGACGCUCACUGA